ACAAGAGUAUCAGCUAGAAGGAGAUGUUUUAUAUAUGCUGACUCAUGGUUAACAUUGGUAUAUAAGGAGCCGAGUGAUAUGAGAAACAUUCGGUCAGAAAGGAUCAGAGAGGUUUUUUGACACGCAGUGCUUUUGGGAAAUUUAGGGUGAAAAAAAAAGUACAUUGAUUAAAGUGAGCAGGACUAGGAAGAUUGAUCUAUACACACACUGGCAUAGAGAUAGGUAGAGUGAUGUGUUGAUGGGAAGAGAAACACGUAGAAAUUCAGACAGGUAAUUAGAUGAGAGAGAGAGAGGGAGAGAGAAACAGAUAGACAGACAAAUAGAGAGAUAGAUAUAUAGAUUAAUAGAAAGACAGACAGAUAAGCAGAUGGAUAUGUUGGUAGGUGUAUAAAUCAGACAGGUAAUUAGAUGAGAGAGAAAGAGACAGGUAGAUAGACAGACAAACAGAGAGAUAGAUAUAUAGAUUAACAGAAAGACAGACAGAUAAGCAGAUGGAUAUAUUGGUAGAUGUAUAGACUAAUAGACGGAACAGUUGGUCAGAAUUGAAAAAAGAGAAGAGAUACGAAAAGGGCAAAAGAAAAAGAUAAGGAAAAUAAGAAGCAAGGACUCAGUAUAUCACACAAACACAUAUGAGAGCAGAUACAUUACACACACAAACACACUGAAGAGACAAAGGGUCAAAAAAGUUCUCCGACAUCAAAGAACCCCAAAAAACAUCAAAAGACAUGGCAAAGUUGCAGUUUCUCUUGUGUUUCAUAUUAUCGUCUGCUUUAUUCAAUUUCCCAGUCACGUUUUCUUUCCCUUCUGGGGCCCCGAAGAACUCCUGUUUCGACUUGAUGCCACAUCACGGCGCGGGCGGACCCCAGCAAUCGACCAGCCCCUACCGAAUUGUCGCUGAAGCCACUUACACACCACAAGGAGCAUUUCUUCGAGGUGUCAUAACAGGCAGUGAAGCAUUCAAAGGAUUCAUUCUGCAAGCUCGGAACCUGGCAACUGGUGCCACUGCCGGUCAGUUUGUAUGGUUUAAUGAGGAAAGUGCCAGGACUUUGGACUGUGUCCAUCCCAAUGACACUUUGACACAUCGCAACAUAAAUGAGAAACAGAAAAUACCCUUUAUAUGGACAUCAGACCAGAACGAACCAGAAGUUAAAAAGAUCCAAUUCCAGGCGACUGUAGUGAAAUCAUAUGAACAAUUUUGGACAAACAUUCAUUCAAACAUCAUCAAUUUGAAGGAAGAAAAGUCACCAGAUUCAUCUUUAAUUCCAGCGAAAGGAACAGAUACAAGUACAGAUGGGACUCCUCAUGGUUCAAACCAUGAUCAAGGUCAGCAGAAGAAGAAACCAGCAUCGAAAUUUGUUGGGGAGAAAACUCAUCUGCAUCCGACAUCAGUAACUGAAACUGAACACAGAACAGGUGAUGGGGUAGGAGAUAACCAACCACCAUCUUCAUCUGUCACCCAACCGCCAUUUCAACAACCUCCAUCAGAUUUGAGGCCACAUCAGAAGCCGCAAUGGGAACAAAGGCAAUGGCCCCAGAAUUUCCCUCCCGUCUCUCAUCUACCUCAACAACAUCCCAGCCACCACCACCACCACCAACAACAACAACAGCAACAGCAACCAAAUAUGUGGUUUGAACCAAGGUGGCCUGUUAGACCAAACCGUGGUUUCCCAUCGUCUGCUUUCCCUCAGAAUCCCAGGCUAAAUGGCCAAAUGCCAGGAAACAGCUGGAGCGGUUUCUUCCUGGGUUCACCAGCAGAUGGCAACUCUGUCGCUUUUCAGAAUAAUGAUCCAAAUGGCAAUUGGUACUUCUCUCCUGACAACCCCAGACAAGUGAUUUGGAUGGAGUAAUCUUCCUUUCAUCUCCACUGAUUAACAGAUGUCACAAGAACACAAAUGGUAUGAAGUUUGACAAUGAUUCAAUCUUUGGAUAACCUUAACUUCUGAUGUUUGCCUGGUGGCCCCAGUGGAGAGAGGAACAUUUCCUUAGGACUACAGUAAGGGUACUAGAAGUCAGCAUCAAUAACAAAAACAAGAACAAAAUAAUUGUAAGAAAAACAGCUACAACAGCAACACGAACAAUAACUGCGACAAUUACAACUACAUCAACUAAUACAAUACCAACAGCAAAGUGUAAUAACAAAGCAGACGACAGAAACCUGUAGCAGUCACUGAAAAACAACAAUAGCAAUAAAGAAACAAUAAAGACAAAA